CCCACACAAAAUCGUAGGCAACCCAAACAACCUAAAACCACGGUUCAAAUAAUUAUCCACGUUGUCAAAGUAGGAAUCCUAAAACCCCUUUCGAACCCCCUCGUGCCGUGUUAAAAACCUCAACACACCUGGAAAACCUCCAUUAACAGCGGUUAUCGUUUUUUACUAUUAUCGCCGCCAACCUCUUCUCAUACGAUCGACACCCAUUUCGCAACAUAGAUUAUCUUUGUCCGGGUCCACUUCAUUGUGGUUUCUUUUCUCAAGAAUUUUGGAAACUGCUGUAUUUGAGGAAACCCUAGCGGGUUCACCACUUUGCAGAUUCUAAGCCUGUUUCAAGAAGCGAGGAAAAAUGUCGGACGACGAGGCCAAGGAGGAGAAGGAGUUGGAUCUUAGUUCAAAUGAUGUCGUUACGAAGUACAAAGGCGCUGCUGAGAUUGUGAACAAGGCAUUGCAGAGAGUUGUAUCUGAAUGCAAGCCAAAAGCAAAGGUGGUUGACCUUUGUGAAAUUGGAGAUUCAUAUAUCAAAGAAACAACAGGAAAUAUGUAUAAAAAUGCAAAAAAGAAAAUUGAAAAAGGUGUAGCGUUUCCUACUUGUAUCUCAAUCAAUAGCACUGUAUGCCAUUUUUCUCCAAAUGUAGGGGAUGAGACAAUAUUGGAAGAAAAUGACAUUGUCAAAAUUGAUAUGGGUUGCCAUAUUGAUGGCUUUAUAGCAGUAGUGGGACACACGUGUGUGGUCCAAGAAGGCCCCCUUACUGGAAGGGCAGCAGAUGUUAUUGCUGCAGCAAAAACUGCAGCUGAUGUUGCUUUGAGACUUGUCAGGCCUGGAAAGAAGAAUAAAGAUGUCACUGAAGCUAUACAGAGAGUUGCAGCGGCAUAUGAUUGUAAAAUUGCUGAGGGUGUUUUGAGCCACCAGAUGAAACAAUUUGUUAUUGAUGGGAACAAAGUUAUCCUGAGUGCAAGCAACCCAGAUACUCGAGUUGAUGAUGCCGAGUUUGAGGAAAAUGAAGUCUAUGCCAUUGAUAUUGUCACAACCACAGGGGAUGGCAAGCUGAAGCUGCUUGAUGAAAAGGAAACGACUAUAUAUAAGAGGGCCGUCGAUAAAAAUUAUCAUUUGAAGAUGAAAUCUUCAAGGCUUAUUUUCAGUGAAAUAAACCAGAAGUUCCCUAUCAUGCCCUUUACUGCAAGGGCUUUCGAAGAUAAACGUGCACGUCUAGGUCUGGUGGAAUGUGUCAACCAUGAACUCUUACAACCUUACCCUGUUCUCCAUGAGAAGUCAGGUGAUCUUGUUGCCCAUAUAAAAUUUACGGUUUUGUUGAUGCCCAAUGGAUCAGAUAAAAUCACAGGAAAUCAUCCUUUGCAGGAACUGCAACCAACCAAGGUUGUUGAGGAUCCUGAGAUAAAGGCAUGGUUAGCUUUAGGAAUCAAAUCUAAAAAGAAGGGAGGGGGAAAGAAAAAGAAAGGCAAGAAAGGUGAUGCACAAGAAGACUCAACAGAUGCUGCUGUUGAUGGAGCUGAUAGCAUGGACACAUCACAGGGAUGAUAAGAUACAGAGUCUAUUUUAUAAUGUCUUGUUACAUGUUCCUUGCCAUAGGCAGUCUUCAUAUUUGAACUUAUAAUGGUGAUAUCUAUUACCUCAAGAAUCCAGAUUUUCAUUAUUAAUCAAUUAAUUACACUUGUUUUUGUAUAGGCGGGUGGUGCAAGAGCCACUUUUCGUCUCACGGCAUGACAAUUUUCCUGAGUUGUCUUUCUUGAAAGUUUAUGCAACUCUUUUUUUUGGUUAAAACAUGUUAACUGUUGGUUUUGUUUGCUCUUAGAAUUGAGAAACCUAUGUAUAAUUGAAAUCUUGUCUUUAUAAAUGUUUCGUGAUGCUCUGCUGUUA